UUUUCUUCUGUUCAAGGUUUACGGACGUAGGCAGCUACAGGCCUAUAUAAGAUGUCUUUUAUCCCAGAUUCUACCUAAAUUCAACUUGAGUUGUCAGGGUUUCACGGAAGAGCAUUUCAAGACAUUUCCAUAUGCUCUGGCCGAAGCAGCUAGAUAGCAUCGUUAGGAAUUUUAUUCGGGUUUGAUUAUCAGUGAUAUCAGAGAUGGCAGACUACAACGCCCUCAUUAUACCAAAUUUUACACAAUCAACUGGCGGUCCUGUUGGUGAUGGUAGCAGUAACCCGGACUACGCAGAUAGAAUACUCUUUUCUGUUAUCUUCAUGGUGAUCAGCAUCACUGGAAUCACUGGAAACGCCCUAGUCAUCCUCGCGAUCAUUCUCUCUCGCAAGUUGAGAACGACCACCAAUUGGUUCGUCAUGAAUCUGGCAAUGGUUGAUCUGUUGACCUGUGUCUUUUUGAUCUUCUAUGCUGCGUCUAUACUGAGUCUGGAAGUACUACACUACUCGGGUUGGUUGUUAGCCAUUGCGGUUAUCAUCACCUUUACCUCCAUGCUGAGCCUAAACACUCAUGCACUAAUUGGUUUCACCAGUUGGUACCUUAUCACUAAAAACCUCAAGAAGUCUACGAAUCUGUUGAGCUCACGGAAUAUCUUAAUCAUGAUCAUCCUUUCCUGGAUACUAACCAUCGUCUUCUGCGGCGUCCUAUUCCUGAUUGGACCAUUCUCCGAAUACACAAGCGAGUUUCUCAUAGGAGUUUGGAUCAUUGGACAUUUUGUCAUUAUUCUGACCGUCUACAUAAAGAUAUGGAGGUUUGUAGCACACCAAGAGAAGAAAAUGUCAUCCAAAAGGGAUGUCAUUACGACGGCCCAGACUGAAGUAAGAAGUGAUACGGACCACACGAUCAAUGUUGCUAACCCAUCGCAAACCACAUCUUCUGGAAGAGAAGGUCUAUCGAUCGAGGAAUGUGGUGGAUCAUCGGGGAAGCUGAGAGAGCCUCAAGUAAACCGGAAGAUGAUCACCGUUGCCAAGAACCUUUUAGUGAUUCUAAUUGCGUUUAUGGUGUGCUUCAUUCCUUACUCCAUAUGUCUGUACAUUCCUAACUCAUCUGUUGUGGAGCAUUGGUUACUGGUACUGCUCUUGUUCAACAGUUGCAUCAAUCCUAUCAUCUAUGCCAGGAGGAUUCGAUCCUUUAGGGAGGUGAUGAUGUGCAUCGUGUGCUGUAGGUUCAGAAGCAUCCCAAUGCCAAUAUCUUUCCUUCGAAGCAUGAGAUAAACAAGCUUGAAACUUAUUACCAAUAACCGACGAUAAGUGAUAUGAAGUUGAUGUUCAAAUUUCUGAUGAUCACCCUUAUUUAAUGAUUACCAAUGAACAACGAGAUAGAUUCGUAGCAUUGGCGCAUCACUUACUCCGUUAUCUUUUGUAUUUCGUAGUGCGAAUGUAAAUGUUCAGCUAGAGAGGUAUCUUAAAAUUGAAGAUUGUGGCGAAAGUUUGCAGCACUGUGUGUUAUUCAAAAUUCUAAAGUUUGUUACACUCUAUACCAUAUUGUAAGAUAGUUCACUUAAUAUUGCACAAAUAUAUCAGGCUUUUAGAAAAUAUGGUGGGAAUAAUUUAGCCGAGGUUGGAGUGGCAAUUACUAUUUUUCCCGAGGGGCGAAGCCCCGAUGGAAAAAUAGGUACAUCGCCAGUCCAUCUAAGGAUUAAUAAUUCCCACUAUGCUUUCGAAAGAAACGCCUGAUACAUUUGUUUGAUAUCCCUCGUUAACUUGUGGACCUGUUCUUUGCUGAUUUUAACCAAUCUAGACCAAAUCUAAAGUUGCCGGACCUAGUCCUACUCUAGACCUGUCGAGCAAAUGCUAAGUAGUUCCUGGAUUGGCUGCGCGAGGCUUCUACCCGACUGCACUUGAGAGAUCCGCUACGCUGCGUUGGUCGUUGCUGCAGUUGCACUCAAACUGUAAAUAAAAACGUGCAUGUUAAUUAAAAUUUAUGCUCUAAAUUUAGUAUCCGAUCUUGACUGACCUUGUAAAGUAUGAUUAUCCAAAAUUUAAUUUUCUGUAUGAAUGGCCGUCGGAGUUAUAUUUUGUGCAUUGUAAUGUAGACCAAAUUCCACAAUUUUGAGCGAGAGCUUGUAAUUUAUUAAUUAUUUAUUGUUUGCGGAUGAUCGAUCUGGAUAUGGUCAAGUCAGGGAGCAUAGGCAGUUCAACGUUGAGAGAAAAUAACGAGCAUGAGCAUGCGCAGUUCUGCACAUGAAAGUAAAUAAAUAAAAUAUACGGAGUUACAAGAAAACUAUACGGAGCUAUUAGCAGCGAUGUCUUUUCCUAUUGAAAUGAUCCUUUUUUCACAUUAUCACGAACUGACCAAUUGUUUAUCUAGAAUAACUUCAUAAGAGAGAUAUAAUCACAAAUAUACAAGCAUGGGAUAUACGAAAUGCUAAAAUCAUGAGUGGUAUCUCAUCAUGUUAAACAAUUAUACACUUAUGUUUAUGAUUUUUGGAGACGGUGGCCAACUACGCGGACAUUUUGUCAAACGGCCGGUCAAGAAGCAGGUCAAGAGGCAAAGUGAAUUUAGGAAAGAUUUUCUCGUUUUGGAUGACCUGAAUUAUUAUCCUUACCAAAUAUUUUUCACUGGUGAAAGGAUCGCGAGAACAAUAUAAUUAUG